AUGCAAAGAGAUUUUAUGUGGAUGUGGGUCUAUGAAAUAGGCAUUGCAGGUGAUAAUAGUAGAACUGUGAAUGUGGAUUCCACUGCAAUGACGUUACCUGUGUCUGAUCCAACUGCGUGGGCCACAGCAAUGAAUAAUCUUGGAAUGGCACCACUGGGAAUUGCUGGACAACCAAUUUUACCUGACUUUGAUCCUGCUCUUGGAAUGAUGACCGGAAUUCCACCAAUAACUCCAAUGAUGCCUGGCUUGGGAAUAGUACCUCCUCCAAUUCCACCAGAUAUGCCAGUAGUAAAAGAGAUCAUACACUGUAAAAGCUGCACACUUUUCCCUCCAAAUCCAAAUCUUCCACCUCCUGCAACCCGAGAACGACCACCAGGAUGCAAAACAGUAUUUGUGGGUGGCCUGCCUGAAAAUGGGACAGAGCAGAUCAUCGUGGAAGUGUUUGAACAGUGUGGAGAGAUCAUUGCUAUUCGGAAGAGCAAAAAGAAUUUUUGUCACAUUCGCUUUGCUGAGGAGUUCAUGGUGGACAAAGCCCUUUAUCUUUCUGGUUACCGCAUUCGUCUGGGCUCUAGCACUGACAAGAAGGACACAGGCCGCAUCCACGUUGAUUUUGCACAAGCUCGAGAUGACCUGUAUGAGUGGGAAUGCAAACAGCGUAUGCUAGCAAGGGAGGAGCGCCACCGUAGAAGGAUGGAAGAAGAACGAUUGCGCCCACCAUCCCCACCCCCAGUGGUCCACUAUUCAGAUCAUGAAUGCAGCAUUGUUGCUGAAAAACUAAAAGAUGAUUCCAAAUUCUCAGAAGCCGUGCAGACCUUGCUCACUUGGAUUGAGCGGGGAGAGGUGAACCGUCGCAGUGCCAACAACUUUUACUCCAUGAUCCAGUCGGCCAACAGCCACAUCCGUCGCCUAGUGAAUGAGAAAGUUGCCCAUGAAAAAGACAUGGAAGAAGCAAAGGAGAAGUUCAAGCAGGCCCUUUCUGGAAUUCUCAUUCAGUUUGAGCAGAUAGUUGCUGUGUACCAUUCUGCCUCCAAACAAAAGGCAUGGGACCACUUCACCAAAGCCCAGCGUAAAAACAUCAGCGUCUGGUGCAAACAAGCUGAGGAAAUCCGUAACAUACAUAAUGAUGAAUUAAUGGGAAUCAGGAGAGAAGAAGAAAUGGAGAUGUCUGAUGAUGAAAUAGAAGAAAAAUCAGAAACAAAAGAAACUGAGGAAUCAGCCUUAGUAUCACAAGCAGAAGCUCUGAAGGAAGAAAAUGACAGCCUCCGUUGGCAGCUCGAUGCUUAUCGGAAUGAAGUAGAAUUACUUAAGCAAGAACAAGGCAAAGCCCAGAAAGAAGAUGACCCAAACAAGGAACAACAGUUGAAACUCCUGCAACAAGCCCUUCAAGGAAUGCAACAGCACCUACUCAAAGUCCAAGAGGAAUACAAAAGGAAAGAUGCUGAACUUGAAAAAAUCAAAGAUGAAAAGUUACAAGUGGAAAAAAUGUUGGAAAAUCUUAAAGAACAGGAAAACUGUGCUUCUAGACUGUGUGCAUCGAGCCAGGAUAGUGACUACCCUAUUGAGAAGACCUUGAACAGCAGUCCUAUCAAAUCUGAACGUGAAGCACUGCUAGUGGGGAUUAUCUCCACAUUCCUUCAUGUUCACCCAUUUGGAGCAAGCAUUGAAUACAUCUGUUCCUACUUGCACCGUCUAGAUAAUAAGAUCUGCACCAGUGAUGUGGAAUGUCUCAUGGGCAGACUUCAGCAUACCUUCAAGCAAGAACUGACUGGAGUUGGAGCCAGUCUAGAGAAGAGAUGGAAGUUCUGUGGCUUUGAGGGCUUGAAACUGACCUAA